CUAGCGAUCCUGUUCUUCCCACGACGCUUGUUUAAUGCCUCAAACUGAGGUUACGUGGGUGCCGGCUACUGCGGAUCGCGAUCGAGCCAAGAAGUUUUCGAUGACGUUCAGCACGCCAGACGCGCUUGAGUUUGCUAUGGUUAAUAUUACGGAGGUCAAGCAUACUGUCAAUGGCUAAUCGAGGACUGGCAAGAGGAACGUAUGGACGCAGUAUCAAGUUGGCCUAUAAACAGGUUUGCGGGGUUGUACUCGCGCAAAGCGAGGAACUUAUCCCCGUUCCAUUCGAAGAUCCUUUCAGCAAGAUUCAGUCACUUGUCUACAUGAAUGGCUCCGAUCGCCAGCGAGCUCGUUUACGCCUACUCUCGAGCACUUCACGGAGGUUCCUCGGUACUCUUGUUUCUGCAAUCAGAAUGGACAUGGACGGCUAUCUCCCAGAUGCCGAUGAAAGUCGGGUCAACUCUGCUCAAGAUCCCACGUAUACCCCUCCGGUUGAAAGGCCUAGGGACAAAAUAGUUCGAGAAACGGUCAAGUUGCUUCAAGAUGAAGAAUUGAAACUGCUUAAUGGCGAACAGCGCAGGCUCCUCAAGGUGCGCAAAUUGAGUUACCCAUGCAUAGCGAAAGUCCCUUCGGGUACAGACCCGAAGGAACGCGCAACUCGGGUAGCUGGCGUCUUGAAAGCCGUUCUAAUGACCCGGAAAUAUGACCCAGAUGGUCCCAAGGGUCCGCAAGCCGUCACUCCCGAGGAAAUGCUGGCUGAGGUCAAAGACUCGGAGGACUUUCGAUCACGGCUAGAUAUUAGCAUCUACAACUCGGGAUCUGGACUUGCGGGGGAAGCCAAGACUACUCAAGGCACGAAGCGAUCCACCUGCGGCGAUGAGGAUGAACUUGAUCUUACCGGGCAACUAUCAAGUCUCAGCAUGCGAACUUCGAUGGAAGAUGGGCAAGGCGGCGCGUCCCCGAAAAAAUCGAGGAAAUGAACGCUGCCAGAUUUGCCAGAGGAUGUCUUCUCAUCAGGAGAUCUAAACCGAUCUGUACAAGGACAUUGCGAAUGCCAGAAUGAAAUGUGAAACGAUUCGAAAAAC